UAGAAUUAUUGAAUUGUUGAAAGCAUCUUCCAAAUAUUUGACAUAUCUAAUAAUUUCUGAUCAGCCACGAAUUCGUCCAGAAAAAAUCAUUGAAACUCGACAAAAAAUUUUAACUGUCAUGCAUGAACUUCCAAAUGACACAUCAAUGUUUUCAGAUAUUCAGAUUGUAACAGAACUACUUCUAACAUUGAUUGAUUGGAUUCCUGCUCAAUGUUCUUUCAGAACGGAGACUAGGCAAAAACUUAACAAGAACAGAGAAGAAGCUUACAAAGUAAUACAAAAAAAUUUAGCACUUGAAAGACAAGAGGAAAUUCAGCAGAAAAAGGCUGAUAAGAAACGUGCCGAAGCUGAACGUGUAGCUAAAUUAUCUCCUGAAGAACAACGAAAGCUGUAA